AUGACGAACACUAAAUUCUUUGAACCGACGUUAACAUUUUUUAUUAUUAUUUACUCACUAUUAGCACUAUUAGCGUUAAUUGGUCUUAUAUUUAGUUUAUCAGUAAUUAUAAUUACUUAUCGUCAUAGACAUUGUCGUACAAUACCAAAUUUAUUGUGCUGUAAUUCUUGUUUAUGUGGAAUUCUCUAUUGUACAAUGAUGUUAAUCAAUGUUCUAUAUGGAUUUUUGCCAAAUUAUUAUCGUCAAGAGCCAAUAUCAUGUCAAAUACGUGGUAUUAUUCUCGGCUUAGCAUGUUCAUCAAAAGCUUACUCAUAUCUUGUUCAAGCAAUAAAUCGAUAUAUAUAUGCUGUUCACUAUAAUAAACGAUAUUUACUAGUUAAUCGUUCAACAUACAUACUUCUCAUUAUUCAUUGGUCAGUUAGUAUAAUUUUUCCAUUACCAAAUUUAUUUUUUAACGGUAUUGCCUAUCAAAUAGAAACACGUCUGUGUAUUAUAACAAUGAAACGUUUUCCAACAGCACUUUAUACUGUUAUAUCAUUUUUCUUUAUACCCAUUGUAUCGAUUACAUUAUUAUACGCUAUUAUAUUAAUACAUUGUCGAUCAAAAGCACGUAAGACAAUGGCAUCAAAAAGAAGAACUUCAUUUUCUACGAAAUCUCGUGAUCUUAAAUUAUUUCAAAAUAUUCUUAUACUUAUUUGUAUAUUAGGUGUUGGAGGCUUUCCAUGUUUUAUAUUACUUAUACUUGAUGAAGUAGAAAAAACUUAUCCAUCAUGGUAUUUAAUCGUUGUUCUAUUUCUAUCCUUAAGUGUUUCAUUCGAAAUGGCUGCAAUUUUCUUUUUAAACAAACGAAUCAAACAUAUAUUCUAUAAUUCAAUUGGUUUUAAUCAUCAAGAAAAUGUUCAACAAGAAAGGAAAUAUUUGCAAAUCAAUAUGCCCACAUCCGCUGACAGAUAUCAAUAUUCUCUAAAGUCAUUUGCACAACCAGAAUCAUAA